AUGUUGGCGCUUAUCGAGCAGCACAAGACCGUCAAGGCCAUCAAGGAAGCAGAUGACGAUGACGUGGACGCACUGGCCGGUUCUGAUAAAGUAUUGCGGUGGUUGGAUCAAAUGGCUUGCGUGACGGCCUGCAAUGGGAAAGGCUGGAGCAUCGAGUGGGCAGCAGUACUGGUUGCGUGGCGCAUUGGGUUUGGGACAACAAGCAUGAUACCCGUCGUUCAAUUGCUGCAUCAGAAAAAGUUCGAGAUUCUGUACAAAGCCAGCCUUGUCGAUGCCUGGAGUACUGCCUCUGCCUUGAGCGCUUGGGCCAGGUUGCGGACAGAGCGCGAGAGCGUGGCACCCGGCCAAAUCUUCAAAACAAACCUCUUCAUUGCCCCUCCACUCAACCCGUCUCUUCCUUCCCCACUCUCUACUAAAGAGAUUUUGCGCAACACAUUGCCUACUACCCCACCACAACAGACCACAACCAUGGCCGAAACAAGCGGCGAGGUCCCAACCUUCAAGCUCGUGCUUGUUGGUGACGGCGGUACAGGAAAGACCACUUUCGUCAAGCGCCAUUUGACCGGAGAGUUCGAGAAGAAGUACAUUGCGACCCUCGGUGUCGAAGUUCACCCUCUUGGCUUCACCACCAACCUUGGGCAGAUCCAGUUCGACGUCUGGGACACAGCUGGCCAGGAGAAGUUCGGUGGUCUCCGUGAUGGAUACUACAUCAACGGACAGUGCGGUAUCAUCAUGUUCGAUGUCACCUCGCGUAUCACAUACAAGAAUGUUCCCAACUGGCACCGCGAUCUCGUCCGUGUCUGCGAGAACAUCCCCAUUGUUCUUACCGGUAACAAGGUUGACGUCAAGGAGCGCAAGGUCAAGGCCAAGUCCAUUACCUUCCACCGCAAGAAGAACCUCCAGUACUACGAUAUCUCCGCCAAAUCCAACUACAACUUCGAGAAGCCCUUCCUCUGGCUUGCCAGGAAACUCGUCGGUAACCAGACUUUGGAAUUCGUCGCCGCCCCAGCUCUGGCUCCUCCCGAGGUCCAGGUCGACCAGGCUGUUCUCGAGCAGUACCAGAAGGAGAUGCAGGACGCCGCUGGUCUGCCCCUGCCUGACGAGGACGACGCCGACUUGUAG